AUGACCCCCCAAAUAUACCUCAACCCCACCGCCAGGGACUGGACCUGGCACCCCCAACCCAACAACCACCCGUCCCCGUCCCCUGGCUCCCCCUCCCCCGCAACAACCUUCCACCAGUCCCUCCCAAACUACACCCCAACCCCCCUCCGCCCCCUCCCCGCCACCGCCCGCGCCCUCGGCCUAGGCCACGUCCUCGCCAAGGACGAGUCCCGCCGCCUCGGCCUCCCGUCCUUCAAGAUCCUCGGCGCCUCCUGGGCCGUCCACCGCGCCGCCACCUCCGCCACCCCGCCGCCAACCCGCAUCGUCGCCUGCACGGCCGGCAACUGGGGCCGCGCGGUGGCGCGCUCGGCCGCCGCUCUGGGCCUCGCCGCCGCGGUGUUCGUGCCGGGCCACAUGCCGGAGGCGACGAGGCGGGCCAUACGGGGGGAGGGGGAAGGGGUGGAGGUCGUUGUUGUGGAGGGGGGAAGCUACGAUGAUAGUCUUGCUGCGGCGAGGGGGGAGGUCGCUUGUCGGGAGGGGUCGGUGCUUGUUAUGGAUGUGGGGUUUGAGGGGUAUGAGGAUGUGCCUCAGUGGGUUGUCGAGGGCUACGGCACGAUGCUGGACGAGUCGGACGCGCAGGUGCUGGCGCACACGGGCGGGAAACCCGCGACGCACGCGGUCGUCCCCGUGGGCGCAGGGUCGGUCGCGCAGGCCGUGACGCAGCACUUCAAGGCCGCGGCUCGGCCCGGCGGUGCUACCGCGAGGGUCGUGGCUGUUGAGCCGACGACGGCGGCAUCGCUGAGGGCGGCGCUGGAGGCCGGGUGCGUCGUCGCGGCCCCGACGGGGGAUACCAUCAUGUGCGGGCUUAACUGCGGGACUAUCUCGACGACUGCGUGGCCGGUGCUGGAGCGCGGGGUGGAUGCUAGUGUCGCCGUGUCUGAUGCAGAGGCUCACGAGGCUGUGAAGGAGCUGGAGGGGCUUGGGGUCGAGGUUGGGCCGUGUGGAGCGGCUACGCUGGUUGCGCUGAGACGGGUGGUGGGGGAGAAGCGGGAGGAGCUGGGUCUUGAUCAGGAUUCGGUUGUCGUUCUCUAUUGUACAGAGGGCCCGAGGGAGUACGAGGUCCCUCGGUGAACGAGGACGGGCACUGCAUCUGGAAACAUACGCUUUAGAGUCACUCACUACCUACCUCUACUAUGUAGCUCGUGGUGUCCCUAGAACACGUCAGGCAUACCACUCGAUACACGAGAGACAACGAGUCUUGGCGUGAGAGCAGUUACCAAGCCACGCCACGUCAUGCUCCCAGACAGCUGACCUACGAAUCUAGGUGUGGUUGUUGGCUGAGAUCUCAGACACCAGCCCCAAAGAUUGGCGAGAAUAUGUGCAGCUUGUGUUGCCCAGU